AUGGAUGUCGUGUCAUGGGUUCGAGGCUUCCUUGGCGAGAACACGGAGAUCAUGGCAUCCCUUGCUUGUUUCUUGUUGUUGUUCCUCUGGUUCCGGCGGUGGGACGGGUUGCCGACGAGCUGGCCGGUGAUUGGCACAUUGCCGGCGCUGUGCGUAAACACCGGGCGCAUGCACGAGUGGAUGACGGACUUCCUGCGCGGUGCCGGGAUGACGUACGUCCUCGGGGGUUCGUGGGGAACGCCGGUGGACGUCAUCGUCACAGCCGACCCGGCGAACGUGGCGCACGUUUUCACGGCCAACUUCGGUAACUACCCAAAGGGCGAGGUGUACGCUAGGGUGUUCAGCGUGCUCGGGGAUGGCAUCUUGAAAGCCGAAGGCGAGUGGUGGGCUUUCCAGCGGCGCAAGGCGCAGGCACUGCUGUCGGACGCCAGGUUCCUCGCCGCCGUGGCCGCGAGUACCGCUCGAAAGCUCGACGAGGGCCUCGUGCCGCUCCUCGAUGGCCUCGCCGCGUCGGGCGCCACCGUCGACCUGCAGGACGUGCUCAUGCGCCUGUCCUUUGACCUCACCACGAUGUCCGUGUUCGGCAUCGACCGCGGCUGCCUCGCCGCCGAUUUCCCGCACGUCCCCUUCGCCGCGGCCAUGGACGAGGCCGAGGAGAUGGUCGUAUACCGGUACAUAACUCCCGUCCCGUGGCUAAAGCUUCAGCGCUACCUGAAGAUCGGCCACGGCCAGAGGAUGUCCGAGGCUCGGCGGGUGAUAGACGCGUCUAUCGCCGAGUUGAUAUCUCUCCGGCGAGAACGCGCGGCCAACGUCACCGGCGAAGCCGGCACUGACCUGCUCGCGUUGUACAUGGCGUGUCAGGCCGAGGUAGGCAAGGUCGGCGCCGACUUCGACCGUUUUUUACGCGACACGACGCUUACCCUCAUGCUCGCCGGCCGCGACACGACGAGCUCCACCCUGACAUGGUUCUUCUGGUUGCUCCACAAGCACCCCGACGUGGAAGCCAAGAUACUCGCCGAGCUGCGAGAACACCCCCCGGGCGCCGGCCACCACCGCACCACCACAGAGCUGAGGUGCUUGGUCUACCUGCACGCGGCGCUCUCGGAGUCGCUCCGUCUGUACCCGCCGACGCCGUUCCAGCACAAGGCGGCCGCGCGGCCGGACACGCUCCCGAGCGGCGCGACCGUCCGGCAGUCGCAGAUAGUGGUCGUCUCCUUCUACUCGAUGGGACGCAUGGAGGCGGUGUGGGGCAAGGACUGCCUGGAGUUCCGGCCGGAGCGAUGGCUUACCGCGGCCGGGCGGUUCCGGCACGAGCCGUCGCACAAGUUCGUGGCGUUCAACGUGGGGCCAAGGACAUGCCUCGGCAGGGACCUGGCGUUCUCGCAGAUGAAGGCCGUCAUCGCCGCCGUCCUGCCACAGUUCCGGCUCGAGGUCGCCGCCGGCUUCGCGGCGAGGCCCAAGCCCAAGCUGUCCGUCAUACUCUACAUGAAGGACGGACUCGUGGUGACAGUGCACAAGAGACAAGAGGAUAGAAGCUCAGCUGCUACGUACAUAUCUAGCUGA